AUGUCUUAUGAUCGUUAUGUAGCAAUAUGCAAUCCAAUGCACUACACAACCCAUAUGAGUGGCAAGGCCUGGCUUCAGCUUGCAGGUGGCUCUUGGAUAGGUGGCUUCAUAGGUAAUAGCAUAACAACACUGUCAAUAUCCCAGUUAACUUUCUGUGGCCCGAAUCGUAUUGACCAUUUCUUUUGUGAUCUUAUCCCCCUGAUCAAGCUCUCCUGUAAUAACCCUCAGCUGAUGGAAAUGUUGGCUUUCACCCUCUGCUUGAUUUUCUCCCUGGUCCCAUUCCUGCUUACCUUGAUGUCCUACAUUUGUAUCAUUGUGACCAUUCUAAGAAUCCGAUCCUCCACUGGGAGGCAAAAGGCCUUUUCCACCUGCUCCUCCCAUCUCAUUGUGGUGAUCAUUUAUUAUGGAACUCUACUAAUUGUCUAUAUGUUCCCAACGACCAGCAUCCUAAGUGAGUUCAACAAAGUGAUCUCUGUCAUCUACACUGUCCUGACUCCCCUGGUCAAUCCCCUCAUCUAUAGCCUGAGAAACAAAGAGGUGAAGGAAGCACUGAGGAAAGCUUGA